AUAUUUCUACUAGUUAUUAUGAAAUCUCAGAUGAUGGGGUAUGGAUGGGCUGGUGUCUUCAGAAAAUUCCUUGUUGAUUCUCCUUAUAUGUGGUGGCCUUCUAACCUAGUACAAGUCUCACUAUUCAGGGCGUUACACGAUAUCGAAAAGAGGCCAAAGGGAGGAUUAACAAGGCUCCAAUUCUUCCUCAUAGUCUUGAUCUCAAGCUUCUCAUACUACAUUGUACCUAACUACUUCUUUCAAUCAAUCACUGCCCUCUCAUUCAUUUGCUGGAUAUGGACGAACUCUGUAACAAUGCAACAAAUUGGUUCAGGUCUAUUUGGCCUCGGCGUUGGAAGCUUUGGUCUCGACUGGUCCACUGUAGCUGGAUUUCUUGGAAGUCCAUUGGCUACACCGGGGUUUGCUAUAAUCAACAUAAUGUUUGGUUUCUUUAUGAUUCUUUAUGUGAUUACACCGAUUGCUUAUUGGACGAACACCUAUGAGGCUAAGAGGUUUCCUAUAUUUUCUCCUGGUGUGUUUACGGGUAAUGGAAGUGUGUAUGAUGUUAACAAAGUGUUGAAUCCGAAAACAUUCGAGUUUAGCCAAGUAGGGUAUGAUCAAGUUGGUCAGGUUAAUUUGAGCAUCUUCUUUGUUAUAACCUAUGGAUUGAGUUUUGCUACUUUGGCUGCGACUUUGUCUCACGUUGGUCUCUUUCAUGGAAGGUCAAUAUGGAGGCAGACAAGAGAGUCAUUCCAGAAUCAAAUUGGUGAUGUGCACACGAGACUCAUGAAAAAGAACUACAAAGAUGUCCCUCAAUGGUGGUUCUAUGCAAUCUUGAUAUCAAUGUUAGCCCUCGCAAUCGCCACCUGUGAGGGCUUCGGCAACCAGCUGCAGCUCAGAUACUGGGGAGUGAUACUCGCCGGUGGCUUGGCUCUGCUCUUCACUCUCCCAAUUGGCAUCAUUACAGCAACAACAAAUCAACAACCAGGGCUAAAUGUCAUCACGGAGCUAAUAAUCGGUUAUGCAUACCCGGGAAGGCCCCUUGCCAAUGUGUCCUUCAAAACCUAUGGAUACAUAAGCAUGUCUCAAGCUAUUAUGUUCCUUCAAGAUUUUAAACUGGGUCAUUACAUGAAGAUCCCUCCAAGAUCCAUGUUCCUUGUGCAGCUUGUAGGAACAAUUAUAGCAUCCUCAACAUACUUUGGAACAGCAUGGUGGCUCUUGCACAAGAUCGAAAACAUCUGUGACCCUUCAAAGCUACCGGAGGGCAGUCCAUGGACUUGUCCUGGAGAUGCAGUUUUCUACAGCGCAUCAAUUAUAUGGGGCGUUGUCUCUCCUCGAAGAAUGUUUGGAAAUCUCGGCCUCUAUGAAAAAGUUAACUUCUUCUUUCUUGUCGGUCUAUUAGCCCCCCUGCCAGUUUGGGUAUUAUCGCGCAUAUAUCCAGAAAAAAAAUGGAUCAAAUUGAUUAAUAUGCCGGUAAUAUUGGGGGCAACGGGUAAUAUGCCACCUGCAAGAGCUGUGAACUUUAUAAUGUGGGGAGCAGUUGGGAUAUUCUUCAACCUUUUUGUGUAUAGGAGAUUCAAAGGGUGGUGGGCUAGGCACAAUUAUGUGUUAUCUGCAGGUUUAGAUGCUGGAGUGGCUUUUUUGGCUAUACUUUCAUAUUUUACACUGCAGAGUAACAAUAUUAAUGGACCCAAAUGGUGGGGACUGGAGUUGGAUGAUCAUUGUCCAUUGGCUAGUUGUCCUACUGCUCCAGGGAUCAAUGUUGAGGGUUGCCCUCUCUAUGAGUGAGGAGAGCAGAUGAGUAUUUGUCGUGUUUUUUAAGAAAAUUUGAAAUCAAUUCAAAAGGUUGUUGAAAGUGAAUGUAAGCAGUCCUAGUGUUGA